GAGGUGGGCACCCGGAGCCCCACGGGCCGGGCUGGAAGCUUCCACCCUCGCCCCACGCCAGGAGCUUCCUUUCCUGCACUCGCCAGAGUUUCCAGGCUUGCCCAGAGAAGGGGAGAAGGCGUGCACGAGGGGAGGGGACGCCCCCAGAGGUUGGCGUCGGGGAUGUGGGCAGCUCUGGAGACUGACGGCAGGGGACAUAGGGCUGAUAGGCAGGCAUCUGACCGGCGGGACGGAAUCAUGUUCUUCUUGCUCAUGACUGUUGUCUCUCCAUCUCUGGGACACUGACAGAGGUUUGCGUUCGAAGGUUCGAAGCAUGUCAUGGUUUAGUGGCCUCCUGGUUCCCAAAGUGGAUGAACGGAAGACAGCUUGGGGCGAGCGCAACGGGCAGAAGCGCCUGCGUCAUGGGAGUCGGGCCGGCUUCUGCGCACCCCGCUACAUGAGCUGCCUCAAGAACCCGGAGCCGCCCAGCCCCACUCCUGCGGCUCAGACUCGCUGCCCCUGGCAGGAUGAGGCCUUCAUCCGGAGGCCUGGCCCAGGCAGGGGCAUGGAGCUGGGGCUGCGGUCAGUGGCCUUGGGCUUUGACGACAGCGAAGUGACCACCCCGAUGGGGACAGCUGAAGUGGCGCCUGACACAUCCACGCGGAGUGGUCCGUCCUGCUGGCACCGUGUGGCGCAGGUUUUCCGGUCUAAACAGUUCCGCUCCGCCAAGCUGGAGCGUCUGUACCAGCGGUACUUCUUCCAGAUGAACCAGAGCAGCCUCACCCUGCUCAUGGCGGUGCUUGUGCUCCUCACAGCUGUACUGUUGGCCUUCCACGCCGCGCCUGCCCGGCCCCAGCCUGCUUAUGUGGCCCUGCUGACCUGUGCCGCCACCCUGUUUGUGGCACUCAUGGUGGUGUGUAACCGGCAUAGCUUCCGCCAGGACUCCAUGUGGGUGGUGAGCUAUGUGGUUCUGGGCAUCCUGGCUGCUGUGCAAGUCGGGGGUGCCCUGGCGGCCAACCCCCACAGCCCCUCAGCAGGCCUUUGGUGCCCCGUGUUCUUCGUCUACAUCACCUACACGCUUCUUCCCAUCCGCAUGAGAGCCGCCGUGCUCAGUGGCCUGGGCCUUUCCACCCUGCAUUUGAUUUUGGCCUGGCAGCUCAACCGUGGCGAUCCCUUUCUUUGGAAGCAGCUCGGUGCUAACGCGGUGCUCUUCCUCUGCACCAAUGUCAUCGGCGUCUGCACGCACUACCCUGCCGAGGUGUCUCAGCGCCAAGCCUUUCAGGAGACCCGAGGCUACAUCCAGGCGCGGCUGCACCUGCAGCAUGAGAAUCGCCAGCAGGAACGGCUGCUGCUGUCGGUGUUGCCUCAGCACGUUGCCAUGGAGAUGAAAGAAGACAUCAACACAAAAAAAGAAGACAUGAUGUUCCAUAAGAUCUACAUCCAGAAGCAUGAUAACGUCAGUAUCCUCUUUGCGGACAUCGAGGGCUUCACCAGCCUGGCCUCCCAGUGCACCGCGCAGGAACUGGUCAUGACCUUGAAUGAGCUCUUUGCCCGCUUUGACAAGCUGGCUGCGGAGAAUCACUGCCUGAGGAUCAAGAUCUUAGGAGACUGUUACUACUGUGUGUCGGGGCUGCCCGAGGCGCGGGCAGACCACGCCCACUGCUGUGUGGAGAUGGGGGUGGACAUGAUCGAGGCCAUCUCGCUGGUCCGCGAGGUGACGGGUGUAAACGUGAACAUGCGCGUGGGCAUCCACAGCGGGCGCGUGCACUGCGGCGUCCUCGGCCUGCGGAAAUGGCAGUUCGAUGUGUGGUCCAACGACGUGACCCUGGCCAACCAUAUGGAGGCUGGGGGCCGGGCCGGCCGCAUCCACAUCACCCGGGCCACGCUGCAGUACCUGAAUGGGGACUAUGAGGUGGAGCCAGGCCGGGGCGGUGAGCGCAACGCGUACCUCAAGGAGCAGUGCAUCGAGACCUUCCUCAUACUAGGCGCCAGCCAGAAACGGAAAGAGGAGAAGGCCAUGCUGGCCAAGCUGCAGCGGACACGGGCCAACUCCAUGGAAGGGCUGGUGCCACGCUGGGUUCCAGACCGCGCCUUCUCCCGGACCAAGGACUCUAAGGCAUUCCGCCAGAUGGGCAUUGAUGAUUCAAGCAAAGACAAUCGGGGCGCCCAGGAUGCUCUGAACCCUGAAGAUGAGGUGGAUGAGUUCCUGGGCCGUGCCAUCGAUGCCCGUAGCAUCGACCAGCUGCGUAAGGACCACGUGCGCCGGUUCCUGCUUACCUUCCAGAGAGACGAUCUUGAGAAGAAGUAUUCACGGAAAGUAGAUCCUCGCUUCGGAGCCUACGUCGCCUGUGCCCUGUUGGUUUUUUGCUUCAUCUGUUUCAUCCAGCUCCUCAUAUUUCCACACUCCUCCCUGAUGCUGGGGAUCUACGCUGGGAUCUUUCUGCUGUUGCUGGUGACUGUGCUCAUCUGUACUGUGUGCUCCUGUGGGUCCGUCUUCCCCAAGGCCCUCCAACGUCUGUCCCGGAGUAUCGUCCGCUCACGGGCACACAGUACAGCAGUUGGUAUCUUUUCAGUUCUGCUUGUGUUCAUCUCUGCCAUCGCCAACAUGUUGACCUGUAAUCACACCCCGAUAAGGACGUGUGCGGCCCGGAUGCUGAACUUAACACCAGCCGAUGUCACCGCCUGCCACCUACAACAGCUCAAUUACUCUCUGGGACUGGAUGUUCCCCUGUGUGAGGGCACCGCACGCACCUGCAGCUUCCCUGAGUACUUCAUCGGGAGCGCGCUUCUCAGUCUCUUGGCCAGCUCUGUCUUCCUUCACAUCAGCAGCAUCGGCAAGCUGGCUAUGACCUUUGUCUUGGGGCUCAUCUAUUUGGUGCUGCUUCUGCUGGGUCCCCCAGCCACUGUCUUCGACAACUACGAUCUCCUGCUUGGUGUCCAUGGCUUGCCUUCCUCCAACGAGACCUUUGACGGGCUGCUCUGCCCAGCUGUAGGGAGGGUGGCACUCAAGUAUAUGACCCCUGUGAUUCUGCUGGUUUUUGCCCUGGCACUGUAUCUACACGCACAGCAGGUGGAAUCAACCGCCCGCCUGGACUUCCUGUGGAAGCUACAGGCAACAGGGGAGAAGGAGGAGAUGGAGGAGCUGCAGGCCUACAACCGGCGGCUGCUGCACAACAUUCUGCCCAAGGACGUGGCUGCCCACUUCCUGGCCCGGGAACGCCGCAACGAUGAGCUGUACUACCAGUCGUGCGAGUGCGUGGCCGUCAUGUUCGCCUCCAUCGCCAACUUCUCUGAGUUCUAUGUGGAGCUUGAGGCGAACAACGAAGGCGUGGAGUGCCUGCGGCUGCUCAAUGAGAUCAUUGCCGACUUCGACGAGAUCAUCAGUGAGGAGAGGUUCCGGCAGCUGGAGAAGAUCAAGACGAUUGGCAGCACCUACAUGGCGGCCUCGGGGCUGAAUGCCAGCACCUAUGAUCAGGUGGGCCGCUCCCACAUCACCGCCCUGGCGGACUAUGCCAUGCGGCUCAUGGAGCAGAUGAAACACAUCAACGAACACUCUUUCAACAAUUUCCAGAUGAAGAUUGGGUUGAACAUGGGUCCAGUUGUAGCAGGGGUCAUUGGGGCCCGGAAGCCACAGUAUGACAUCUGGGGAAAUACGGUGAAUGUCUCCAGUCGUAUGGACAGCACUGGGGUUCCUGACCGAAUACAGGUGACCACGGAUCUGUACCAGGUUCUAGCUGCCAAGGGCUACCAACUGGAGUGUCGAGGGGUGGUCAAAGUGAAGGGCAAGGGGGAGAUGACCACCUACUUCCUCAAUGGGGGGCCCAGCAGUUAGCAGAAAACAGCUGAGAUUCAGCGGAAGGGACCAAGAUGGGCACUGAGUGGACUUUCUGCCCGCUGGGUGAGCUGUGGCAGGGGCACCGAGCCUCUAGAUCUUGCUGACAGCCAAAGGGAAUACCCCGGCAGGCUGUGCCUGGACCAUGUUUGUCUCCUUCAGAGUGGCGAAGGAGGGGGCACCGAGAGAACUGUCCAAGUGACUUUCAUUGGGGUAGAGCUGUUCCUUCUCCUCGCUGUCUUUGGAAGCAGAAGAGAAGGUGGCAGAAGAGGCCGGGAGCCCUCCUGUCUGAGAGAGUGAAAUGGCAGCUCUCUGCCUACUGUUUCCCCGUCCUGGGCAACAGGCUCAGGGCUGGAUCCUUCCUUUGCCUAUUUUUCCUGGGACUAUUUUGUACAAAGACUGGGGUGGGCAUGAGGAAUGCCGAUUCCACGCCUGCCUUUGCUUGUUUGCGUCCUCAGCACUGGGCUUGGGAGUUCCCAGUACUAGCCAAGGCUCCUUCCUAAGCACAAGGCAGGGAAGGAGGUGCUGCGGGACCUAGCUCUGGCCACAUUUCAGGGGAAUGUUUCCAUUUGCCAAAUUCUAGUCCCGUGAUCUGUCCCCAAAGGGGAACAAAGGGACGUCUGACAGCGCAGACUCAGCCCCAAUUCCUGCACGCUCCAGGGAAAGGGGUAUCUGGCCUCACUGGUACUGUGAAAAUGACCAGCCAGAGAGCAAGCCUGUGAGUGGGUACAUCAGAUCAACGGGGACUGGAUGUUGACCCGCAGUGCAUAAGAGUGCAGGCGGCCAGGGGGGAAGAGGAGGAAGAGGAGGAGGAGGAGGCUACACUGAUCUGAGGCCCCAGUGUGGCCAGGGUCAGCGUCCUUGGCCCAAAUGCCCGCUCACUUGCUGUCUGCUGGCAAGGGGGCAUGGAGAGUCUCUACCCCUUGCAUUGCCAAAUAGGAAAGAGUCAGGGUUCCAAGAAAGAAAACCCUGACCUCAAACCUGGCCUCCUAAGUCUGGCACGAGGGAGGACCUGUGUGUUUGUGUAACUGUGUGUGCAUGUUGCCUUUGUGUGUGUGUGUGUGUGUGUGUGUGUGUGUGUGUGUAAGUGUUUUCGAGGUCUCUGUGUGUCUUUAUGCUCCAGCUCCUCAGCCCUGCACUGGGGGCUGCCUCUCUCCCAUGGGCCUCUGUCCUCUGGUGUCACAGGAUGGAGAGAAGUGCCCGGGUGGCACAGGAGUGGGAUACGGGGUCUGGUAGUGAAGUGACAGUACUCUGGGGAGAGGAGCCCUUUUUGUGCCAAAUCCCUAAGUGCCAUUAGGGGCCACAUGUGCAGUCUGACUGUCUCCAGGCCAAGGGCAGGACCCAAGCACCUGCUUAGAGUUCCUUGCACUUGAACUGAUGGAGGUUCGUCGGGUAGAGGCCCAGGCGAUCCCGGCUUCCUCAGCUUGUGUCUUGGGGUGUGGUAUUCUUUGUGACUGGGAUAGUGUGGGAUCCCUCUGAGGACCCCGAUUUUGGUACUAGGGGGUAGAGCCUGGGAACUUUAAACUUGGCUUUCUCAAGCCUUCCGCCUGGAUCUAGCAUGGCUAGACUCAGUCCUGGCUCCCAAUCCUCACAAAGCCCACCAGGGUUGGGCUCCCUUCCCUUCUGUCCUCGCCUUCCUGUCACCCCUGCAACCUCCUAGACUCUGCCCUGAAUUAGUUGGUGCCUUGGUCUGUGUCUGUACCCAUUUAAGCCAGAGGCUUCACGCCUCAGUUUUGAAGAUCACUUUGUCUUAGAGGCUGACAAGAGAGGCGGAGGAGAGUGAGUUCCGGCGGCAUCCGGGGCAGGCAAUACUCUCUCCCUUCCUCAUGCUUUGCCACAAGUCCUCUACACAGGCCUGGGGUAUGGCCUGGUACUGCUGUCCUGGGAAUCUCUGGGUACCAGCCAAUGGGCCACUAGGCCUGGUUGACCCAGCAGAGGAGAGGAAGCCUAGCUGGUCCAGACAGAAAACUGACUAUGUCAACUCCAGCCAUAUCCCCGGAUAGGAAGGGCCACUCGAUGCCGUUGGGGUGGGAGCGAGAUGUGUACGUAAGCCAAAGUGGGAAGGCCUCGGCUCUGGGUCUGUCUGCUUCUUGUCAGGUGGGAGGGGCUUGUCCACACCCUAACUCCCUGUACCACAGUGCCAGCCAUGUCCUUCCCUGAGUUACCGUUGGCCCUUUCCUCGCCAGUUGGUGGAGGAGUCAGGGUCCGGGAGGUCAUGGGCUCUGGUUUUCUAAUGUAACCACUGUGGGAGUGCAGGAGGGUGGCGUACCAUGUAUUUCAGUGAAAUAUUUAAUAUAUUUAAAUACCAAUAAAAUCAAAUUCUUUGUAAAAA